AUGAGCGUCCUGUUCUCGCAACCAGCAGCAGCAGCAGCAGCAGCAGCAGCAGCGGCAGCAGCGGCAGCAGCGGGUUUCCAGCACAACAGGGGCAGCAGCAGCCGCAGCAGCAACAACAGAAAGAGAAGGAAGCGGAGCAGCAACAACAACACCACGGGAUGCAGAAGCAGCAGCAACAGCAACAGCAACAGCAACAGCAGCAACGAGAGCAGCAGCACGACCACGACCACCAAUAGCACCACCAGCAGCACCACCAGCAGCAGCGCCAGCAGCAGCAGCAGCAGCAGCAGCAGGAUGAGCAUUGCGCGUGUGUCUGGUGUGUUGACAACACAUUAUCUGUUUGAACCGUAUACAAGUCUGCAGCACUAUAAAAGAGCAUUAAAGUUUUUGCUGCAGAUAAAGAAGGAAGGAGGCGCUGUAUUAAUAAUAGGACAGAAAAACCAGACGGAUUUGCUGCUGCAUCAGCACUUCCCUGCUGCUGUUUUUGCUCCUGCUGCUCCUGGUGCUGGUGCUGCUGCUGCUGCUGCUGCUGCUGCUGCUGCUGCUGCUGCGGGGCCCCACACUCUGCAGCUGCUAGCAGCAGCAGCAACACAUUACAGUGCAAUACUAUGCCAAGAUUGUGUUGCCUUUGCUCCUUAUCUGACGAAUAUUCACCUUCCUAUUUUAGGUGUAUGUACACCUCGUCAGGUGUAUCAGUCCCCUGAGAUAUUAAAAGUAAUUGAUUAUUUAAUCCCUACAAACUUAAACAGGACAGAUGCAGCAAUAAGAAAAUUGCUGCAAACUAAGAUAUUAGGCCCCCCUCAAACCCCCAACAGCAGCAACACCAGCACCAGCAGCAGCAGCAGGGAAAGGGGCGGCAGCAGCAGCAGCAGCAGCAGCAGCAGCAGCAGCAGCAGCGAUGCAGGAAAGAACGAGGAAGAGGGAAUAGCGGAAGCAGAGCUGCAACACCAGCAGCAACUGCAGCAGCAGCAACUGCACCAGCAGCAGCAGCAGCAGCGUCAGUGGAUGUACACACACCCGCAUGGCCAGCAGCAGCACACCUACCCAUAUGAGUGGCAGCAACACCAGCAGCAGCAGCAGCAGCAGCAGCGCUUUGCAUACUAUCCGCAGCAACAACAGCAGCAGCUGCACGUGGCUGGCAUAGAGCAGCAACAGCAACUGUGGCAGCAGCAGCAGCAGUACCUCCACCAAUUCUAUCAGCAGCAGCACAAACAUUACCUGCAGCAGCAGCAGCAGGAACAGCAGCAGCAGCAGCGGCAGCAGCAGGUGCUGCAGCGACGGCGUUUCAGCCGCAACUUUUAA